CUGGGAGGGGAUGGGGCCUGGCUGGUGGCUGGUGGCAGGCGUCAUGGCGCUCCUUCUGCGGGCGCUGCGGGGCCUGCGCUUCCUAAGGGCGCCGGCGCUGGGCUGCUCUGGGUCUGGCGGCUGGGACGCAGGGUCUCUUACGAAGUGCAAGUCCUCUGUAAGCAAGGAUGAAUGGCUGAAGAAGCUGACCCCUGAGCAGUUCCAUGUCACCAGAGAAAAAGGGACUGAACCGCCUUUCAGUGGAAUCUACCUGAACAACAAGGAGACAGGAAUGUAUCAUUGUGUGUGCUGUGACAGUCCACUCUUCAGUUCUGAGAAGAAGUAUUGUUCGGGCACUGGCUGGCCUUCAUUUACAGAGGCUCACGGUACAUCAGGCUCAGAUGAAAGUCACGCAGGAAUCCUGAGACGCCCGGACACUUCCUCAGGAUCUGUUCGCACAGAGGUGGUCUGUAAGCAGUGUGAAGCUCACCUUGGCCAUGUGUUUCCUGAUGGACCUGGGCCCACCAGCCAAAGGUUUUGCAUCAACAGCGUGGCCCUGAACUUCAAACCAAGCAAACCCUGACCACCUCCAGGAGGCCAGUCCUUUGCCCUCUUUCCCGUAGUGCCUCAUUCUAUAGUUUGGAUGAAUGCCUCAGUUCGUAGGUAAGGUUGCUGUUGGCUGUAAGGGAGCCAGGGCUUCUUAACCAUCUGGAGUCAACUCCACCCUGACUUCUUCUUGCACUGUGGAAUUUCACACAAUGACAGAGAGGCAGCUCAUUCUUCAACAGGAUUCCAAGUCUUUGGGUGGGACCCCAGGGUGGAGAUUUUGGAGGAUUUCAGGAAAUGGAUGGGCUGACUAGGGUCCCAAAUGCUCCUGUGAAAUGACCCUGAAUUUACCAUCGAAGUUAAGUCCUUCAUGGACACACACAGGUGAGGGUUCAAGUGAGGAGAGGAAGGAAAGGAUGGCAUUGAGAGAAGAAUGAUCCCUGCAUUGAAGAGGACAGGGAGGCGGAGCGUGGGAGGCACACGUAGUGAUGGGUGAGGCAUGUGAUUGUUUUUCAAAAUUUUAAAUGACUCAAAUAUUCUGCUUCCAACUGUACAACUCACAAGUGGGCUCCAGUGCAAGUUUGUUACAUUUCACUGACUCUCUGACUCUGAAUAAUGUUUAUCCUCAAAACUUUUGCCAUAGAAUUAUUUCAAGUAAAAUACUGAGACUGAUA